UCAGGGAAAAAUUAGAACGUGCAAAAAAGACUAAUCUUGACACUUAAACUUGUUGAUUCUUUUGACUAAAGUCACUCGUAAAAUAUGGCAGAAACAGGCACGGCAAAUGAACAAGUGAAAAACAGGGAGGGCUUAACAAUAUUUCAAGACGUUUUCCGACGAGCAGAUAAAAACGAUGAUGGAGCAUUGUCGAUGGCAGAGUUUAAAACAUUCUUCAAUGAUGGUAUACUGUCAGAGAAAGAUCUGGAGAAACUGUUCAAUGACAUAGACACUCACAAUACUGCAAACAUUGAUACGCAGGAACUUUGCGACUAUUUUCAGGAGCAUCUAGGACCAUUUUCGUCAAUAUUUUCUGGAUUGGAAAACAUGAACACUGCUGUUAACAGUGCUUUGUUAGAGACGUCAAAGAGUUAUCCUGAUGCCAGCUUCUUUGCAAAGUUCACCAGAAGAUUCUUGAUGCAAGAGGUCGUAAACCAACUGGGCUCGGUCCAGUAUCAUGUUGACACAGCUUUGGAUAAAAUUGAGGAGGGAGAACAAAGCACAAGAACUGAUUCACCAUAUGUGGAACAAAGAAAGAGUGGAAUGAAGUCAAAGAUUAAGAAGAAGAUGGAAAAUUAUCAACAGCAAAUGAGCAAUGAAGGUAACUCAGUCUCUCGUCUUUCAUCACAAGUUGACCGCUUGGCUGACUUGGUCAACAAACUAGAAUCAAAGGUGAAAUUCCGAGUUGUUGAGGAGGAAAUUAAUCCAAAGAAUGACAAAAUGGUUAUCAUUGUGCGUCGCAAGUUUGUGGUUAACACUGAAGGCGAAGACGAGUUCAAAGCUUCAUUAAGAACGUACAUUAAUGCGACUGGUCUCGCACAAGGCUGCAUUGAGUUGUCAAUUCGGGCUUUCACCGGAUCUGAUGUGUACGUCUUGUAUGAAAUUUGGUCCAGCAAAGAUAAUCUUAAUCGUUAUUACACUUCGACUGAAUCGAGGACUUUUCUGCGUUCAAAUGUUGAUCAUUUGCAGCAACCUGAGGAAUAUUCUCAGAUGCCCAUUCCAGCCGUGUGGUUGGGUGAAGCUGACUCAAGCGAGGAAUUGUUGUAACGAACUUUUGGUGAGGCACUGAAUACUGUGAACACUGCACAAAUGAUGCCGGUACUGGUAGUAAGUGGGAAUAAAAUGCUCAAAAUACAAUAUGUUUUGAGUCAGGGGAACUGAUGAUUAAUUAAUGACUGUCCCAUUGGGCGGUGUUUUUCACAUUGUACGGGGUGGGAGAUCUGGCGGUCAGUUUCGGGUCUCUGAUGAAAGCACAAAACAUAAAUAAUUCUCUGCAGUAGAAAUAGUUUUUGUUACCUUGCGCUUUCAUCACAGCCGUUUGACCAAAACCACUGAUCUGGUAAUAAGAACUGGAUAUAGCGCGUUAUCAGAUCAGUGGUGAAGGGCCUGUUUACAUGGAGCGAGUUAUCCCGGCUGGGCGAGGUAAAAAGCGCAUCACAUGACAUCAAAGGAUU